AUGGUGGCCAAGGAGGUGAGCCAUGCCUUGGCUCUGCAUCGUGGGAUCAUGGCGAUGCCUCGAGGGCCCACCAAACUCGACACCAGAGAGAAUCCCUUUACACAGGUCACGCACUAUCGCUUGCGCGCGGUGGCAACACGCCGCAAAAUCUUCAGUGCCUUCCUCCUUUUGUAUCGCUUGGUGGCUGCUGUGCUUUUGGUCAUUGUGGGUACCACAUUUUUGGUCUAUACGGUGAGUGUGACAGAGUUGAUCCUAAAUGCCGUGGCUUUGGGCAUCAUCCUGGACAUUGACGACCUGCUCUUUGAUGCCUUGGCCACCACGCCAGGUCGGCAUUUGGUUCAUCAGUUGGACCCUUUGCCCAUGCCAUCCAUGCCCCGCAUCAGGGGUGCAGAUGCCAAGUCGGUCUUCAUGAGCAUCUUCAUUCCAGGGCUGACCAUCCUUGUGUACUACGCCAUGCUGGAGCCAUUUGUUGGAACCCUUACCAGCGUAAAACUUGCGAUGUGUGGUGGGAAUCAAAACUUUGUCUGGAGCACUGAUAAACGCAGAAUUACUCACCUGUCACCUACUUUUGGCGGAGGUUGGGAAGAAGAGGAGGAAAGCAUCAAGACCGAUGCCAUUAUUGAAGGCGAAACUAUCGGAUAUGGUUUGUCUAUUGACAACGCUCGCUUUGGUGUCUGGGUCAGUGACGUGACGGUCCUCCGGGAUCUCGAUUCAGCAGACUUGGAUGAUUUAAUCGAAGAAGGCAACGAAGACUGUGUGGAUCUAAGCCAAGGAGAGCCGUUGUUGAAUUACCUCCGAUACUUGCUGGGCAAUGAGAGCAUUCAGUCGUGUGCAGAUGUGGUGCAGUACUGUGGCUCACUCACCAAGAUGCCCGAGUUUUCCGUGGACGGUGGCAAAGGGUGGUCUGCACGGAUGUUGUGUUCGGAAACGUGCGGUUGCAACAACCCGGGUGGAGAAUUCAUCAAUGUACAAGGCUGUCCAUAUCUCGAUGGAGAGUGCAGGCAUGUGGAUACAUUUGCAGAAUAUCAAAGCAGUGGGCUCUGUCUAGAGAAGAGUGUGGAGACCCUGAAAGACUUUGCUCCAUGGAAAGAGUGGAUUAAGGCCAUUCGCGCAUAUGGCAUGGAGCCUUCAGAUGCUUUGGGUGACAAGGAAGAGGCUUUGAUCUUGGCACAAUCCAUGGAAGACAAUGGCUGUGGCUUUUUGGCCAACUUGAGCGCGCAGAACAUGUCACUGGGGGGUUGCUUCAAAUGGAGCAACAAGUUUGAUUGGGAGUUCAAAACGGUCGAGUACUUCUGCCCACUGACUUGUAGAUGUACAAAGGAUACUUCUGAUGAGACAAGCUGUCCGAAGCCUUUUGGCAAGAAUUGCGAUGAGCUCAACGACUGCUUGACUGUGAACCAGCAGCAUUUCUGUCCAGGGUUCAAUACACAGGUCAUUGAAUUUACUAUCCUCUAUGAUGUUGCCUCACCUCAAGCCUUGGGUGCGAAUCUGGAAGCCGCCCAGCUAGCCUUUCAGACAUCCAUCGGGCAAUACGCAGGACAUUCCACUGCACUUGAUCCAAACACCGUGGUGGUCGACACUUCUCUCCCCGGACUUGCAGGGGCAUCGAUCUACCUGAUAGACUUGGAGAACAUGAAUGUGGGUCAAAUUACAUCCUCUUUAUACUCCAUCCCGCUUCAAAACUUCCAGGCUGCCGUCAAUGCCAGCCUGACAUCUUCCCAAGUGACUCUGGAUCAGCUUGGGCUAAGUGUGACCUUUGCAGGACACGAGAUCCGGCACAACGGCCUGGCAGCCGCAGCAGAUGAGUUGGCCCCAGCUAAGGCACCUCCAGAUCCGCCUUCCCGGGAGGUUCAAUUGGAUGCUGGAGUACCUCCCAAUGUCCAGGGCUUAGGAUCCGCUUUUAAAUCAGCGGUGCGAAGCGCACCGAGCACAGCCCAGGGCCGACAAAUCGUGUGCACAACGACGAAACCGUUAGCUGGAUCCUCAGUGGCAUCCGAAGGGCUAUUCAUCCCCAUUUCGUUGGAGAGAAGCGACAUGGUCAAGAAGGCCGCCUCAAAAGGCAAAGGACCCAGGCGUCAGGGCACUGGGCAGGAGUCUGACAUUCUCACUUUCAUCGAUGAGAAGUUUGAAGAGAUCGAGGAAACCAUCGUCUUGGCAUCUUUGGUGCCACAGCUUCAUGAACGUCUCCAUGCUGUGGAAAAGAUACUGAAGAUUCAGAACAGCCCCGGUCUCAAAGAGGCUGUAGGAUCCAAGUGGAAGCAGCUGAAAGAAGAACAUCAGCAGAUGGGUCCAAAGUGGGGUGAUGCAGCUUCUCCACAGCGCCUUGCACCACCAGAUGAUGAAAUCAAUUCUGGUGUAAACCUUGAGGAGAACAACACCAGCGAUGUGACACUCGGGGUGGGACACAACGACGACAAACUCGGAGUGGGAGACAAGGCCGACAUCGAGGACAGCAGUGAUCUUACAUCAAUGACUCGUACUCUCACUGAAAAACGUCGGGAGAAUAUGAAAAGGAUCGCGGAAAUGUCAAAGGCGAAGGUCAAAGAAAUGGAUGAGAAGACUUUGGACACUCAAACAACCGAAUACUACACCUUCGGUGAAUCAACGUGGGACUUGGUGAUUUUCAUUGGCACGGGGGCGCUUGGGCCAUUUGGCUCCCUUCAGACCGUGCUUUUGGCAAUCGUCAAUGUGCUGAUGCAGGUGGUGUUUUGUGCAAUCGCGUACUACAACUUCACAACACCUGACAUCAAUGAUGGCUCCAUCAUUGACACCCUGAGGUGGAGAAGGUCAUCUGGCCAUUCUUUCGGGGACUACAGCACUGUCGCCAAGGAGUCGUUGGUCCAUCGGGUUUGCAAAAUGGACAAGUCCUUGGCAUCUUCGGGCAUCCAAGUUGACCUUGUUGAGAACAUCAACAAGUACUUGAAGUUGGAGGCUGAAGGUCUCGAAGGCUUCUUCACUGGACAGAUUCUGUGCAUCGUGGCGCUGAUCUGUUGGUAUUUGAUGGUGGCUAAGGAGGUGAGCCACGCCUUGGCGUUGCAUCGUGGAAUCAUGGCGACGCCUCGAGGGCCUACCAAACUCGACACCAGAGAGAAUCCCUUCACCCAGGCGGUACACUAUCGCUUGCGCUCAGUCGCCAGACGCCGCAAAGUCUUCAGUGGCCUUCUCCUCCUGUACCGAUUGAUGGCUGCGGUACUUCUGGUCAUUGUGGGUACCACGUUUUUGGUCUAUACGGUUAAUGUGACAGAGUUGAUCCUAAAUGCUGUGGCUUUGGGCAUCAUCCUGGACAUUGACGACCUGCUCUUUGAUGCCUUGGCCACCACGCCAGGUCGGCAUUUGGUUCAUCAGUUGGACCCUUUGUUCAUGCCAGGAAUGCCCCGCAUCAGGGGUGCUGAUGCCAAGUCAGUCUUCAUGAGCAUCUUCAUUCCAGCGCUUACCCUCUUCGUGUACUACUCAAUGCUCGACCCAUUUGUUACAACCCUCACUGGUGUGAAAACUGCCAUGUGUGGUGGAAAUCAGAACUUUGUAUGGAGCAUGGACAAACGCAGGAUCACACACCUGGCACCUACUUUUGGCGGUGGUUGGGAAAUCGAGGAGGACAGCAUCAAGACAGAUGCCAUUGUGGAGGGUGAGACCAUCGGCUAUGGUUUGGCUAUCAACAACACCCGCUUCGGAGUUUGGGUCAGUGAUGUCACAGUUCUCAGCGACCUGGAGAUAGCAACCAUGAAUGAUCUCAUUGAAAACGAGAAUCCAAGUUGUGAAGAUCUCGGCAAUCGGGAGCCCUUAUUGAACUAUUUGCGAUACUUGCUGGGCAACGAAAGCAUUCAGUCCUGCGCAGAUGCUGCGCCUUACUGCGGCUCAUUCACCAAGAUGCCAGAGUUUGCCGUGGAUGGUGGCAUAGGAUGGUCUGCGCGGAUGCUGUGCUCGGAAACUUGUGGCUGUCGCAAUCCUGGGGGGGAGCUGAUCAACGUCCAAGGUUGUCCAUACAGCGAUGGACAGUGCAAGAUGUCGGCCGUCUAUCAGGAAUACAAAGGAGGUGGUGUCUGUCUAGAGAAGAAUGCAUCAACUCUCAGAAGCUUUGCUCCAUGGAAAGAGUGGAUCAAUUCAAUUCGAUCCUAUGGAACCGAGACUUCAAAGCUUUUGGGCGGAAAGCAGGAGGCCUUGAUCUUGGCACAGGCCAUGGAAGACAAUGGCUGUGGCUUUUUGGCCAACUUGAGCGCGCAAAACAUUUCGCUGGGCGGUUGCUUCAGCUGGAACAGCAAGUUCUCUUGGGACUUCAAGACCCUGGAGGUCUUCUGCCCCGUGACUUGUGGAUGUGGGUCAGACAGCCCUCGAGGGUCUGGCUGUCCAACACCCUUUGGCUACACCUGCAGUGGCGGAGAGGUGCAAGGAUGUUUGACUUGGGAUGGCAAGCAUUUCUGUGAAGGGUUCAAUGCCGAGGUUCUUCGCGCAGACAUCUUGUUUUCCAUUGUUGAUUUCCUCAUGGCGAGUGACUAUGCCUCGGAAAUUAUGCUCGCGUUGCAGACAGCACUUGCGCAGAAAGCAAGUGUUACACAGCCUGUUCACCCACAGACCAUCCAAUUGGAACUUAACUUUGAUUGGGAACUUUCAGCGAAGGGGAAGAUUUGGCUGAUAGAGGAUGGAAUGAAUGCCACUGAAAUGACUUCGGCACUCUUCUCCACUACACUUGCAGACCUCCAGGUUGCAGUCGAUAGCAGUUUGCAAUCCUUUGGAGUGCCAGUAAACGACUUGGGAUUUGCCUUGACAUCAUUUAGCAAUCCUGAUGCCAUUUACGGCCCCUACGGCGCAGAUGGUUACGGAGACGGCUAUAGCCUGCUCAAUGACAUCCGGGUUGACGUCGUCACUUUCAAGAUUUCUGUGGCCACUCCUUCCGCAGCAAGACCCACGUUAGCCUGCAAAAAUUCCGAAGACGACUUGCAUGAAGCCGACACCUGGUGCCUGGGGUGUAGCUCCCUAGAAAUCUCCCAGGGGCUACUACGUCAGACGUGGAAGCACGCUGGGCUGCGCGCCGUGGCCGAAGAGGCGCUGCUGUCAAGCGCGCGCCUGGUGAGGGCGUUCGGGAACUUGGACGGAUCGCUGGGGGGGCCUAGCGCUGGGUCGGCCGCCCGUGCGCCUGGCCUCACCACUGCGGCGAAGUCCAAACCUGCAGUGCCACCGCGGUCGCGCAGCCCUAGGCGUGACGACCGCCCCCCGCUGGUCCGGUCGCCGGGCCGUGCGUCACGGGGUGGAAGCGCAGCUCCACCGCGUCCGGAGUCCGAGUCAGAAGACUUCGACGAGGACGAAGAAGAGGAGGAGGAGGAAGACGAGCCUGCGACGGAGGUGAAGAGAGAGCGGGACGGCUCGAGGAGGCCGCCAGAGCCUGAGGGUCCCCCUCCCAGCAAAAGGGAGGCCACUGAACGCAGUGAGAGGAGCCCAGAGGGGCGAAAGGAAGAACGAAAGAAGCGUAGGGAAGGUGAGAAGAAGUCAAGAGGAAAGCGUCGCCGUGGGGGGACGCGCCAUCAGAGGAGGCACAAGGAUCAGGAGAACCCUUUUCGGAGGAGUCACAGGCGGCUUAAGGCCGACCAACUGGAGCUGGCAUCCAACCUCGAGGAAGGGUUGGAUUCACCUGCCCCCGAAGGACCGGGGGUGCCUACUCCUGCCGAGAUCCGGCAAAAUCUGGCUACUCAGCCAAAACCUACAACUCCGCAGGCUUACAAUGUGGAAGAGGCAGAUUUCUGGCGGCAUCGUCAUGUACCACCAGGUUCAGUGGUGCAGUUCAGGUCACUUGGAGAAGACAACAACACCGACGAAGGGCUGGUAGCGGUCCUAGUCAAGCGAAGUGUCUCCCAAGAGACUGGCAUGUGGCUGGAGGUCGACCUGCUGGGGGCAGAGCAAGAGCAGUGCAAGAAAGCCCUACAGGCAUAUUUCAGAAAAGGGCGGCGGCAGGUUCACAUCUGCUACUAUGGAACUGCAGGGGUCUGCCCGGCUCUAGAGGAGAAUGGACUCCAUUUGAGCCUAUUUACAUGGUUCCCUCCGGGCGACUUCGACGCUGCUUGGUUAAGCGCUGCGUCCAAGAAGAAGGUCAAGGGAGGAGUCAACAUGAUGAUCGACUCUCAACGCGACGCUGGCGCUCGUUCGCCGCGCGGCGCUCCAGGUAUAAGCAGGACCGAAGAGAGGCUGGCCGCCCUGCGGCCUGGUCGUCCCAGGGUCUCUUUUGCACCCGGCACGGCGUUGCCUCCUUUGAGUCGAGCAGGAGGUGGAGAUGCGGGUGGCUUCCAGGAUGGAACCUCUCAAGAAGGGGAGAGGUCUUCUCCUGCGGCGCCUCGGAACCGGCCCGAGCUGAACUUGGUGAAGGCCGAGGUGAUAGACUUGACAGGGAGCCAGCCGAAGGCGAGCAGCUCAGGCAACUCGGGCAAGAAGUCCAAGAUGGCCGGUACGCUGGCCCUUGCGGCCGUAGCGCAUCAGGAGGCCUCUGUGCGGAAGGAUCGAAAGGAGCGCGAGAGGAGCCGGAGCAAGAAAAAGAAAAAGAGGGACAAGAGGAAGCGAAAGCGAUCCGAAAGCAGGUCCAGCUCUUCUGCAGGGGACAGCACAACCGAGAGCAGCAGUUUGCUGCCCCCGUUGAAACGGAAGAGCCAGAAGCGUCCCGGUUCAGUCAUGAAGAUGCUGGAGCAGCAGGCCUUCGAUUUCUUGGCACAAGAUGGUGUCCUCGACGAAGCGCAAGAGGUGUCGGAGCUGGGCAGCCGCCCCAAGCUCUACACCUAUUACCAGCUGGGCUUGAAGCCCGGGCUGGACCCUCGCAGUCGGGACGCCAAGGAAAUGGCCCUUCUCUGCAAGGCCCUGGACGUUUUGCGAGAGGGGAAGCUAGAUCAGCUCGGCGACCUUCUCGCUGCCAGGCUGAUAGCGGUGGAUACCGCCACAAGGCAGGGUUGGGCCACCGCAAAGCACCUGGAGAUCCUGAACCCGGACGAAGAAGGAACCGCCCCGGCACACAUCCUCCUGCAAGCACAGAAGCACGGAAAACAGGUGGAGAAGGCGGGAGGAAAAGGCUCCUGGAGCCGUUCCCAAGGCUGGGGGUCCGACUGGUAUGGGGAGCCCCGCCAGAAAGGAAAAGGAAAGGAAACAAAAGGAAAAGGGAAAAAGGGCAAGAGCAAAGGAAAAGGAGGCAGGGGCUGGAACUAUUGGGGCACCGGAGACAAGGAAAAAGGAGUUGGCACAGGAGUUGCCGAGGUGCAGACAGCAGAUAUGAGCCAGGAGGCUGGCGACACCGCUUUCAAACGUUUGAAAGUGCCGUCAGGAAGCCUGGACCAAAAGGAGGCAAAUUCCUUGGGGAGUGCUGAGACAAGCCAUUCUCGGGCACCCUCGAGCUAUGAGGGGUGGAUUUCACUUUUGAGCCGAACUGCUGAUUUGAAGCAGCUUGGAAUAGCACUGGCAUGGGGGUAUAUCAGUGGUCACCUGCUCUUUAGUCAGCAGAGUGCUGGGCCGUCACGACUCCCAGUCUCAGCCCGCCGCACUGGUGAGUUGUUCCCCCUGCCGGUGCUCUGGCCAGAUAAUUUUUCGGAGGCAUGGCAACAGUUCCAUGCCCGUAGCUGUACAGUUUUUUCCAUUGAAUGUUGGGUAGCCCUAAGUUGUGCUACCCUUAAUUCCCUGUAUGGUUGUCCUCAACUAGAGACUGGCAGACGACCCGGAAAAGUGCAUGCAGAAGCCCUGAAGGGCCUUAGAGACAAGGUGGAGAGAUUUUUAAUUGGGGAGAAACCCGUUUCCUUUUCUUUUGAGAGCGUAGUUAGUGAGUUGAAGGAUAGGCGAAUUAACUAUGUGGGGGAAGAGGUAGCCAGACCGUGUGCGCUGAGCCUGGAGCAAAUUCAAAGUAGUCUCCCCCCUGUAGGUCACGGUGGAAGUAUCCCGGUGGUUUCCUUUUUGGAGGGGCGCACAAAGUUCCUUGUUGAACACCCGCUGGAAAACUUGAUUCCUUUGCGGGAUAGACCACCUGGGAGCAUGCAAGCACGAGUCCAUAUUGAAAAGGGUGAAGAGCUAAAGGUGUUUCAGCUGCUGGAAAGUAGGGGCGUGACUUCAUGGUUGCCUAUUGAAGAGGUCUUUUGUGAUGGUUCUGGUGAGUGUUUGAACGGUUUGUUUGGAGUGGUCAAACCAGGAAAGUACACUUGUUCUCACGCCCCUGUACUUCGAGUCAUCAUGAACUUCAUUCCCACCAACCGACUUUUUCAGGUGAUAUGUGGCGACAUCCAACUGCUUCCUCACGGUACAGCUUGGCUACCCCUGGUACUUUGCGAAGGAGAAGAACUUAGGAUCUCCCAAGGAGAUAUGUCGGCCGCAUUCUAUCUAUUCGCCUUGCCGGAGGUGUGGUAUCGCUAUAUGGCCUUCAAUUAUCGAGUCCCAGGCGAACUUAUUGGAAAAACAGCUGGACGGGUUUUCCGUCCGUGCUGUAGGGUAUUGCCCAUGGGCUGGAAUUCCUCGGUAGGGGUUAUGCAGAUGCUAAGCCGCCAGCUCUUGCUUUCUCAGGGACUCUCAAGCAAGUUGGAGCUGCACCGAGGGCAGCCUGCCCCGACUUGGUUCACUCGAGUAGUGGAUCAGGCUUCAACGACCCGUGCAUGGUGGCAAGUGUAUUUGGACAACUUCAUGUCGGCAGAGGCAUAUUGCGACACGUAUGCAGAGGUGGACAUGAAACUUCAAGAAGCAGCUAUGGAGGCAUGGCAUGGUACAGGAGUACUAACCGCUGACGACAAACAGGUUUUGGGUGCGUCAUCAGCUACUGAGUUAGGGAUCAGGUUGGAUGGCCAAGCUGGCCUAAUGGGUGCCUCUGCAGAACGGAUUUUCAAGACAUGCCUGGCUACCGUGCGGGUCCUGGAGACCCACGCAAGGAGCCUAAAAGAAGCGCAGGUGGUACUAGGACGCUGGGUCUUCAUCCUGCAGUUCCGGCGCCCCGCCAUGGCAGUUUUAGCGAGAGCUUGGAACGCGCUGGAGACGCCUUGGCCAUCCGUGCGCGCUCGGAACGAGCUUUUGAAAGAGCUUCAGAUGCUGCUAUGUCUGAGCACCCUCUUACAGAUGGACAUGCGCAGCGACUAUGACGAACUGGUCACAUGCUCUGACGCGUCGGAGCAGGGAGGAGCUGCAGCCGCUUCAUCAGGCCUCAGUUGGUCUGGGCGCACGCUGGUGAACACCUUGCGUGACCCUCUGGCAGCACCCAUCGAGGUACCGGUCUUGGUGGUAUCCGCCUUCAAUGGCGUGGGUGCGGCAUUCCGCAUAUAUGACAUAUUAGGAGUGCGCCCGUUGGGAAAGAUUUCGAUCGAAAUCAGCCGCGAGGCAAACAGGGUCACGCGAACCGCCUGGCCGGAUGUCAUGGAGCUCUUGGACAUAGAAGACCUUACGCUUGCCCAAGUUCGGCAAUGGGCAAAUCUCUGGCCACGGGCCCUUGAAAUCCACUUGUGGGCAGGCUUCCCAUGCGUGCACCUUUCCAGUGUAAGGGCGUAUCGACGCAACCUGGACGGAGACGGCUCGCGGCUGUUCUGGAAGCUGCUGGAGCUAAUUGGAUGGCUGAAGGAGGUGUUUCUCCCCACGGCAAAGGUGAAGUUUUGCGUGGAAAACGUGGCCUCUAUGGAUGAGGCUGCCAGGAAGGAAAUCUCCAGCCACCUUGACGUCCAGCCGGUGAAAUUUGACCCAUCGGACACUUUGCCCUAUAACAGGCCUAGGUUGGCGUGGUGCUCAGAGGAGAUCUUCGAGAUGGAGGAGCUCAGUCUGUGGACAGAGGGCGACUAUGUCCGCGCCUACGUGGAGACUGGUUUCAUUCAGGACCACCAAUGGAUCCGACCUGGCUGGCAUUGGCCAGCUGGUCAGGAGCCAGGGGUGAAGUUUCCAACCUUCAUGAAGGCUAUUGCGCGGGAUCGUCCACCACCAUAUCCUGCAGGACUUUCCAAAACUACGGUACAGGGGAGACAUCGAUGGAGCGAAGAUCGGUUCAGGUUCCCGCCAUAUCAAUAUAUGGACAACUACUUGCUCCACCACGCGGAGAAGGCACCCAGGCUCUUAGAUUCCUCAGAGAGGGAGCUCAUGCUGGGGCUGGGCCCCGGGCAUACGAGCGCCUGCAAGUCGGCAUCAGAGGCAAAGACCAGCUGGAGGCAAUAUGAGGAUUGUCGCCUUAGCCUAUGUGGCGACUCCUUUGCCAUACCCUCUUUUGGUAUUGUGGGCGCUACUUUGCUGGCUGAGUUGGUCCCUCGGAUGCGACCGUCUACAAUCAUCCAGCGGCUGGGCCUUGCACCCGGGAGUUCAGUUCAUCCCAGAGUGCUGGUCCCUCUCUCUCGCUGGUUGGCCUAUGGAGAUAAAGGUGAACCUCCGGUUGCUGCCGACCAACUCGUCAGGUGCCUCGGAUUGCAAGUUAAUCACACUGGGUCCGACGUCCGAGUGCUUACGGGGGAGCCCAUGUCAAAGAAGGGUUCGCACGGGGAGAACAUCCAGUCGCUUGCUGCAGCCUUUAUGCAGCAAGAUCUCGGCCGCAACAAUGCGGAUCGAAGACGGAAACGGGCUGGCAUCAGACUCCGGGACUUCACGAUCAGUCAAAAGACAAAGGAAAGGUAUGAAUCAGCCGUGGCUCGCGUGCUGCCGUUCCUGGAGGCGCAACCAAACCUGGAUGACCUUGACUCUAUCCUGGUUGAGUGGAUCGAAGUUCAGUGGGUACGUUUACACUUCUUUUGGCCCGAUUUGAGGGGCCUUCUUCGCCAAGCAUGGCGCCUUUUCAAAAGUUGGCGCCGCAUCGAAACACCUUCAAGGGCGCCGCCCAUGACCGUUGCGCUGGCUCAGGCCUUUGUCGCGCGGGCCGUGGCGCAGCACAAUCUGGCUUUCGCUGCCCUCAUUGCAAUCGGCUUCCAUGGAUUGCUGAGGACGGGCGAAUUGCUCUCGCUCAGGUUCAAGGACAUUGAGGUGUCUACCAUGUGCGGGGUUGUCAGCUUACACGAAAGCAAAACAGGUCAAAGGACGGGGUCAAAGGAAGCUGUCGCCUUGCGUGACCGACUCACGCUCCAGCUGCUGGAAACAUUGGUUUCCGUGCAGUCUCCUUCCCCUGGCGACUUGCUCUGGCCUCAUUCGGCCCAAAGCUUCAGGCAGACCUUUCGUAAGAUGUCUGAUUACUUUGGUGUCCAAGCUUUGCAGCUGAAACCCUAUUCUCUCCGAAGGGGAGGAGCAACUUUUCUCCUUCAAAGUGGGACUCCGCUGGAGGUAAUCUUGCUCCGUGGUCGAUGGAAGUCCCUAGGCGUUGCCCGCCUUUACCUCCAAGAUGGUCUGGCGCAACUUCCUGCGCUAAGGCUCUCCAAAGUGGUUCAAAGGCAUGUUGCUGGUUGGGCCGCCGAAACUCCGGCAACGGCCUUCCGGCCAUGA